AUGGAAAAUGAUGGCACCGCUUAUAAACCGCUCUCAGAUGAAAAACUCAUCACGGGCGAAUUCGGCGUCCUGAAUUUCCAGACCAUAGACUGGUAUCUCACUCUGUACCAAGGUGUUGACUGGACGGGCCGGCUGACAUCAUCGUCCCGGCUGCACCACUUGUGUGGUAAAAGUCAUAUAAUGUACACUCGCCGCCAUCGAGCAGCCAAAGUAAAUGGUCAAGUGUGGAGGAUGAGACGUGCUGACUGGAUGGAUGUACAGAGGUUUGUUUCCUCUUAUCGUCCUGCUGUUCAUUCACAAACAAGAAGAUUCAGCAGAGCUCGUUGGCCGCUCCAGGUUUCUGUCCUUCAGCCUUUUAUGAGACGACGAGGUGACGACCUGCAGAAGAAACGACAGAGAGGACGGAGAGAAGAAAAAAGUCGCAGUCGGCCCUCGGAGAUCGACAAACCAGAGUUUGAGGGCCGCUCGGUGGAAAACGUGCACGGUAACGACCACAACAAGGAAACACAACAGAAGAGAUACAGUCAGAUUGUUCUCACGUCCUCCUGUGAUCUGAUCGACCGUUCAGAAAGAAAAACAUGGAGGAACUUUAAACUUCAGGGACAUAAAUCAGCUGCUGCUCCUGGCAGGAGAGAAACCUGGAGGAACAACGGAGAGGUGGGAGGAAAACACAAACCGCCAUCGCCUCCGCAGAGUCUGAACCGAGAUCAGUGUGACCUGCUGAUCCGUCCAUCACUCUGA